AUGGAUCCAUUUGAUAUAGUUUCUUCCAUUACAGUGCUCCUUAAAGGUAAUAUGCAAAUGGUGAAGGCAUAUGGAAUUUGCUCGAUGGCAAGACAUCCAACUGACAUGUGCCCAACUCUCCAAGAAGAUAAACUAGUUAAUGCAGUAGGCAGUUUUCCUGGACAACCACAAAGGAAUUAUAAUCCUUACUCGAACGUCUACAAUCCAGGAUGGAGGGAUCAUCCUAAUCUUAACUAUGAAAAUCAACAAGUGAAUCAACCAAACUUCCAGCAAUACAGGCAGCCAUAUCUUCUUAGACAACAACAUGACCAAACUUUAAGUUCAGUUACGCAUUUAGAAGAUAUUGUUAAGUCUCUUGCUACUAACACUUUGCAAUUCCAACAGGAAACAAGGGCAAGUACUAAAAGUUUGGAAAAUCAACUGGGUCAAAUGACAACCACAAUCAACAUGCUGGAAGCACAAUGUUUGGGAAAAUUACCUUCUCAAACAAUGGUCAAUCCAAGGGAAAAUAUAAGUGCAAUCUUGUUGAGGAGUGGUAAGGAAGUUGAAAUUCCAAGGGCAAUCCCUAUAUCAUUGGAGCAGGAAAAGGAUAAAGAUGUCCUUGAAGAGAAGAAUGCUUUAGUAAGAUAUAGGAAGGAUGAACGAGAUCAUGAGCUUUAUGAUACUUUUGGAAGAUGCAAGAUAAAUGUUCCGCUUAUAGAUUCUAUUAAACAAAUAUCUCGUUAUGCUAAAUUUUUGAAACAUUUGUGCAAGAGUAAGGGGAAACAAAAACUCAAGGGAUAUGAAAAGAUAAACGUUAAGGAUAAUGUCUCUACAAUUAUUCAAAGAAAACUCCCCGCGAAGUGCACAGACCCAAGUAUGUUUACUAUUCCUUGUACGAUAGGCGACACUAACUUUGAAAAAGCCAUGAUAGAAUCAGGAGCUUCUAUUAAUAUCAUGCCAUAUUCUAUAUACGCUUCUUUGAAACUUGGACCUUUAAAUGAAACUAGUGUUGUGAUCCAACUAGCUAAUGAAUCUAAUGUCUAUCCUAAGGGUUUAGUUGAGGAUAUUCUUGUGAAAGUUAAUGAUUUGAUUUUUCCCACUGAUUUUUAUGUGCUUGAUAUGGAAAAGAAAAUUUUAGAACCUAAUGAAAACAAUGCAGUGAAAGUUUCCAUUGAUAAGCAUAUUGAGGAGGUGGAUCAGGAGUUACCCCAAAUACUGCUUUACAGGAAACUGUUGCAGCAUUGA